GGGAGAGGGACGGGGAGCGGCGGCCCGUGGGUACGGCGGCGGCAAAUGCCGCCGGGUAUAUCCACGGGUGACUGUGUGUGCAGCCCGGCCCUCCACUCUGUCAGAGUGGCCGGGCCCGGGACAACUGUACACAGGGCACCCCCUUGAUGGCGGCCCUGCGAGCAGGGUUCAUGCCAUGUGCGCUUUGGCAGACCUUGCCUGGCAGAGUGUCAUCCCAGCAAAUCCCUGUAAGCCUGUAGCAGCCUAUGAGCAGUAGCAGAUUGAUAGCGGCACACGCUCCUCCCCUCCCUCCCUCUAGUCUCCAUAGUCGCGGUCCCAGCGCCGGCUGUGUGUAAUGAUCACUGACUGCUACAUCAGGGUUGAUGCUAGAUCCAAGUGGCCUAAGGGACCUUUUCAAUCAACCGCUACAUCAGGGCACCCCGUCGGGAGAUGCGGAGACUUAUGCAGGAAGCCAGCCACGUUCAUGCUGCGGUUCCUGGAGGAGCUGAGCUCUGGGCAGAGGGAGGAUCUGCUGGGGCAGGGCAAGCUUCCAGAUCACCAGCAACUCCGGGAGCAGUACGAAGGAGGCUCAUGCCCGGGAGAGCAGCACACCGCAGUGUCUGAAUGAUGCGCCCGGGCCAGCAGAGUUCCUGGCCGGCACUAGGAACUGGAAGAGUCACUCCGCCCGAGUAGCUGAACUUUCGGGGGGAGGAGGGUGAGAGCUCUGCAUCAGGAUUCGGGUGCGUGAAGCGCCAGGAGACGUAUCACCCACAUUCCCUGUAUAGUGCAUAGGUGCAUGGCUGUAGGAUUUGCUAUUUAUUUUUAUCAAUUAAUAUAUUAAUAAUAUACACAACAAAGAGCCUGUAGCACUCAUUUAUGUGAGCUGCUGCACCUGACUGGGGUUUUUGACUUCUCAAAUUACGGGAACUAUCUGCAAACACUCCCAUCUGUGCUGAAACAGGGCUAUCCUGAAAACCUAUGCAGGGUCAUUAUCAGUGGCGUAUAUCGGGCGGGGUGAGCAGUGCACAUGCCCUAGGUGUCGUGGCAGGCCCAGCAGAGGGGGGAACCGCCGGGCAGGGCAUCACGGCGACACCAGCGUCACGCUCCCUGAGCUUCAGCCUGCUGCCUGGUCUCAAUGGUUCCCGGCUGAAGGCAUCUUAUGGGCGAUGGACCUACAGUACAUGAAUAAUGAAUACCGACUGAAGAUGCCGUCUUCCCAGUGAGGAUACAUUUCUUCACAGGUUCCACAUUGUGAGGCAGCACCAUAUAGACUCCCUCCUGCAUCUCCAUGAAACAACACCCGCUGCCCAAAUGGGAAUACUACGUCUACUUACUGCUCUCACUGGGAAUUCACUUCUAUUCAUUUUACCAGGUCUACUUGUCUUCGAGAGAACAUGAAAAGGACCUCGAGGAAGAAGUUGGUCUGGAAAGAGAUUCUUUAUUCUGGGACUUAAAAAAGGAUGGGACAGACUUUGAGUGGAGUUUCUGGAUGGAGUGGGCGCGCUCACGAUUGCUAUGGCUCAUGCUAGGACAUGCAGUGCUUUCACAGUCUGCCAGAAUAUUCAUAGGAAAGUAUCGCCCUUGGCUCCUGAUGGUGUACGGCAUGGCAGCCUGUUGGCUUGUAUUAGGGACCAAAGGCUUUGUUGCCAUAUUAUUGAAUUCAUUCAUAUUCUAUGGAAUAGCACAGAUGAAAAUGCCACUUAUUACAUGGUUGAGCUCCAUACUUAUGCUUUUAAUAUUGCAUAGUGAGUCGGUGGAAAAUAUUCAGCGUGGGUGGUACGACAGUGAGAAUGAGUAUUACCUGCUGCAGUUUACGCUCACUGUGCGCUCACUCUUUUACACAAGUUUUUGCUUAGAGUACAGCGGUUACCAGGCAAGUGACGGCGGCAGCUAUUCCUUUCCUUCUAUGCUGGUCUAUGUGUUCUAUCACCCUCUUCUCCACAAUGGCCCCAUUAUCACAUUCAAUGAAUUCACCAAACAGAUGCAAACACAGGAUACACAAUGGCCGAAUUUAACAUUUUGUGGAUUGUUGGCAGAUGUGUUUCGCUUACUUCUGUGGUGGUGUCUGGGAGAGCUGAUGAUUCAUACGAUGUAUAUGCAUGCUAUAUAUAGCAACUAUCCCACUCUUGAAGAUGUAUCCUACUGGACUCUUGGCGGUCUAGCCCUGGCUCAGGUGCUGUUUUUUUAUGUGAAGUAUUUGGUUCUCUAUGGACUUCCAGUGCUUAUUGUGCAGUUGGAUGGUUUAAAUGCACCGGCAUUACCACGCUGUGUCAGCACAAUGCACAGCUUCACUGGCAUAUGGAGGAGUUUUGAUGUUGGCCUCCACCGUUUUCUUGUAAGAUACAUUUAUAUUCCAAUGGGAGGGUCGCACUGCGGGCUAGGAGGAAUGCUCUUAUCCACAGCCUUUACUUUUAUAUUUGUAUGCUACUGGCACGGAGCCCAUGAAUAUCUGUGGUACUGGGCUGCACUCAACUGGUUUGGAAUCAUCAUAGAACAAGCAGUGAAGAAGCUUCUUACUAUGCCGUCCAUUCAAGAUAUAAUCGAUCAGAAUGUGUCACCAAAGGCAUAUCGCCAACUCCACGCUGCUCUGGCAUCUGUAUCCACUGCUCUGCUGAUUUUCACCAAUCUUAUAUUUCUGGGUGGGGAACAAGUUGGAAAGAUAUACUGGGACAGACUCAUAGUUGAAGGUGGCUGUGCGAAUGGAAUAACAAUUGAAUUGCUCCAAUCGGGAGCCAUCAUUUCCCCCAGAAAGGUUGGCCCUGGGUCCCUCUUACAUUGUUUUGCUGCCUUUACUGCUUCUCCCAGGUCGGAAUUGAAUGGAGUCUGUUUUUAUUCCCCAAGUACAAGGGCAAUUUUCCACUCUGUUCAAGGAGUACAUUAAUCAAGAAAUGAUGACAUGGCAUUGCAUUCUUCUCCAUAUACUCUACACAAGCUGUUGGAGGCCCUCCAAGAAACAUCAGCCAUGACCACACGUAUACUGUACUAUGUUUCUAAUAUUUUUUUCAUAAUAAAGUAAUUGGCUUUUA